AUGGAGUUUGAAAAGAAUAUUGUGAACUAUCUCGAGUCAAAGCAAUCUGCCGAAUGGAGUUUAAUUGGAGUUCUACGAUAUUUGGCUGAGAAUAUGGAAUACACAAGUGAAAGUAUAGAAGAGAUCGUUGAUAUCUUCAAGCGACAUUUGAUCGGAAAAUCCAACGACGACAAUGUCAAAAAGGCGGCACGAAAUAAAGCUAAUAAACUUUGCGAAUCUUUGAAGCAAACUCUAACUCGCACAGAUAUUAAUGAAUUCCUAGACCAACAAGAUGUUAAAUUUGCUAAGAAACAUUACGCGACAAAUGUUGAAAAAAGUGUUAUUACGGAUAAAAUAGUGGUAGUAAAAGAAACCAGUAAAAUAUUCGCAGUGGAUCAUAACAAUGAAGUCAUUAAAAACUCAAUUGUCGAAGUUGUAAGGGAAGAAGGAGUAAGUGCGCAAGUAGAUGGUGGAAACAUAAGCAUAGAACAGACUACUGAGGGUACACAAGAUGAAGUUAAAGUAGAUGAAAAUGAGAAGAUGAUAUGCGUAAAAAGCAUACUUGAGGACUCGAUGACAGCUUCGACUGUUGAAAAGGCUACUGCAGAAUUUUUCUUAAAAAACUUUUCUACUACUACAAUUAUGGAUUUACGCCCAAGAACAGAAUUUUCAUUAGCUCUGGAUUCGAAGCUUCAAAUGGAAAUAUUGCACGAAAUUUUUGAUCCAAUUGAUAACGGAUACGUAACAGAUGAGAUUCAUGAUUUUCUCGUCAUAUUUUUCAAUGAAGACCGAAGUGCAGGAGGCUGGGCUGAAGCCAUUGAUGAUAUGACCAUUAAUAAUGAUGAUUCGAAAAAACCAAGAAGCUGA